AAGCAGCUAGUUGCCCCGUAUUGCAGUUGCAGACGCCGCAGGAGACAAGGUUUGGGUUUGACCGAGGCGGAGGCACCACCCCCACGUCGUCUCCCUUCUCCUCGUCAUCGUCAACCUCCCCGUCCCCCGCAGGCAAAGGCACGAUCCACGACGACAUCGCCAUCGCCUCUUGCUUCCCACAGCCGGCGGUUUCCAAACCACCAUCACAUUUAUUUCUUUUCUUUUUUUUUUAAAAAACGCUCUCUUUCUUUAACCACUUAUUUCCCUUUCAGACGACCGUUUCCUUCUUCCUUUCCAGUUUGCAUUCAAGAUCCAUUUGGCAAGCACGCCUCUCCCCGUCCGUCGCCAUUGCCAUGGCGGUAAACCAUUCAAGUGGCAGGAGAUCCAUGAAACUGAGUCCAAUCUAGUAAUCAACAGGGGCGAUCAACCUACCGGCCGCCUUCUUCCUGUUGCGGCGUUCUAUUACCUCUGUUCAUUGCUUAAUGGUUGAUCUGUUUCAUUAGCUGUUCAUUUGAUGCUGGAGGUAGAAACUCUGUGCAGAAAUGGAGCAGAAACCCAACAGAAAGAAGUUUCUCUUUCCAAAAAUUAUAAGAGCAAAGGAUGGGAAUGCCUUGUCAAGGCAUAGUGCCGAGUCCUCCAUCAACUCCACAGUUGAUUUGAAAGAGUCCCCAGAGAGGUCAUCAGUGGCUUCCCCGUCAGCAUCAUCCUCAUCCUUCUUCAAAAGUCUUUCCGAAAGUAGAAGUCUAAAAUUCAGCGGCUUCAGUUCUCCUCCAACAACUACUAGUACCCAUAUAGAAGCUUUCAGGGUAUUUGCAGCCACAUGGAACGUAGCAGGAAAGACUCCGGACAGGGGUCUCAAUCUGAAUGAUUUCCUGCCUUCUGAUGACUACUCAGACAUUUAUGUGUUAGGGUUCCAAGAAGUCGUCCCCCUCAACGCCGGCAACGUCCUUGUGAUCGAGGACAACGAGCCGGCGUCGAGAUGGCUCGCCCUCAUCAACCAGGCGCUGAACCGGCCCUCACCAACCUCCGACGCCUACGCCUCCGCCAUUUCCGAAGCUGCUGCAGCAAGCCUCUCGUUCAGCCGAUCCGUUGACACGACGGCCUCCGCCUCCCCCGUCUCCGCUCUCCAAACGCCCAGCUCCAGCCCGCUCGACCCGUCGCGGUUCCACAAGUCCUCCAACAGAGAGAUCCGCCGCGCCGCCAUCACCCGCGGCCGCCGGCUCAAGACGUGCACGUGCCCGGCGGAGCGGCCUCGGAGUCGGAGGUCCUACAGGGCGCCGUGCCUGAUGGGUUGCGGCAAGAACGCCAACGCCGUCGAGAGCGACACGACGACGUCGGACGAGGACGACGAGGUCACAACCAGUAGCUUUGCGGUGGCCGACGUGAAGAGCCCGGCACCGGCGGCGGUGGCAGCGAGCCGGCGGGAGAGGUACUGCCUGGUUGCCUGCAAGCAGAUGGUGGGUCUGUUCGCCACGGUAUGGGUGAGGCGAGAGCUGGUGCGGCACGUCGGUCAUGUCCGGUUCUCCUGCGUCGGCCGCGGCAUCAUGGGCUACCUCGGCAACAAGGGUUGCAUCUCUGUGAGCAUGUCGCUGCACCAGACGAGCCUGUGCUUCGUGUGCAGCCACCUGGCCUCGGGGGAGAAGGAAGGGGACGAGCUCAGGAGGAACUCAGAUGUCGUCGAGAUCCUCAAGAACACGCAGUUCCGACGGCUCUGUAAGAGAUCAGGCCGCAGGAUUCCGGAGAGAAUCCUUGACCAUGAUCGUGUGAUCUGGCUCGGUGAUCUGAACUAUCGAAUCGGCCUGAGCUACUCGGAGGCCAAGAAGCUCGUCGAGGCAAACGACUGGGGUGCUCUCUUCGAGAAGGAUCAGCUCAAGACUGAAAGGGAGGGUGGAGUUUUCAGAGGGUGGAACGAGGGCAAGAUUUUCUUUGCUCCCACAUACAAGUACUCAUGGAAUUCCGACAACUAUGCUGGUGAAGACGUCACGUCGAAGAAGAAGCGAAGAACUCCAGCAUGGUGUGACCGGAUUCUCUGGUAUGGUGAAGGGAUAGUGCAACUGUCCUACAUCCGUGGGGAGUCGAAAUUUUCAGACCAUCGUCCCGUCUGCAGUGUGUUCAUUGUCGAGGUUGCGGUUCCCAACAACAAACUCAUCAAGUUUGCAUCAGGUCCCAACAUGAAAGUUGGCGUGGAAGAACUCCUAUUUGCCCCCUAGCAGAUAGCACUACAUGGAAUGCAGAAUUUUGCUCAAGAUCAUAGUAGAAUUUCCCCCUGAAGUGCUUGUUAUCUUACUAGGCGUUGUUGACUACUAGUACUGAUGAAGUUAUGAAUAUGAUUCAUAGUAGAAUCAAGAUUGUCCCAUUGGGCUUUGGGUUGGAAAUCCAAGGGUUCCCAAGACCAUGACAACAGAACUGAUACGGAUAAUAAUUAAUUUGAUUUAGUUUGCGGGAAAAUUUAGGAGGCUACUAGCAUACUGCAGUCAUACGCAUCUGUGUACUCUGUUCCAUACAUGUCAAUCAAGAACAAGAUGUAAGCAUGAAAGGCUCACAUUUGGUAUCAGAUAACUGAAGUAGUAUUCAAUGUUUCA